GUCUGUCUAUUCAAAUAGAAAUGCAUUCCAGGCACCUUUUCCAUAAGUGUCCCGCUAGGUAUACAUAGUAUAUUAAAUAUGCGCUAAAGGCAGACACUAAAAUGAUUUGAUACUGAUCGACUUGAUAAUGAAAAUCGGGACUUGCAAGCUUUAGACAAGGUUUACAGUUCCGCCCCGUAUUUCUCAGCUAUUUCUUAGCUACCGCUGACAUCACUCGCUAGCGCCAACAGAAGCAGAAGCCAGCCACAGACGCGUGUAAACCCUGCUUCUUUCCCUGCAAUCUGCUUCAGGACAGCUCGUUAUCCACCACUCGACAGUUCCGUUUAAGCGGUAUCCUAUGCAAUAGCCUUUAUCAAGUAAGGUACAUGUAGCUCAGCCUUCCAACUUUUGGCUUGUAAAUUGAUCCCACAUAAAAGUUUGCUCUCAUGUAUCUAGAAGUACCUACAGCCCACCAAAUGACUUCCCAUACCACCAAGUGACCUAAGUCACCAGGGGUGGGCACGUUGCUGGAACCAGUUGUCGAAGCAGAGACAUUAUCAUUUCAACCUUUCAAAAAGUUUUUUCUUCUUCUUUCAGGUGAUUGGAACAAAUCCAAGCCUUCUCUUGCUGCGAUACCAUUACCUCAUCACGAAUACCCUCAAGUGGCUUUCUUCAUGUCUAACUACACUUAAUCCUCUCGGUACAACCUCUACGAAGCUAUGGCACCACCGUUCGGAAGCCUGGCGCUGUUAGCCACGGUCGCUAGAGUGCUUGGGCAAACUACCAUCAGUGACGAUAGAACUACUAUGACUGGCUCGACAGUCUCAUUAACUAAAGUUACGACUCCGACCGAUGCAUAUCAGUCCUUUUCUACCCAGAUUACUCUAGGCACUGGCCUUGGCUCGAUCGAGACCGAUGGUACUUCUAUAGCUUCCAACGGCACAACAAAGUCUACAAUAAAGUCCUCGAAGAGCGAGACGGUGACAUUUCUGACUGGAUCUGUUGUAACGACAACGGCAUUAUCCGGCGAGAAUGUUACUUCUACUUCGUCACCCACUCCAGAAGUGACCAAUACGCAACCCUGCAACAAUUAUCCCGAGUUUUGCAGUCGAAAAUAUAGCAACAUCACAUACGUUGCUUGCCACAACUCCCCCUUUAUCACGCCAAACAAUUUGGCAGCAAACCAACAGUAUGAUGUUACGUCUCAGCUAAAUGACGGUGUCCGAUUUAUCCAGGGCCAAAUACAAUGGCCCACUGGGGGGAACGAGCCUCACUUCUGUCAUACGAGCUGCGAUAUCCUUGACGCUGGCCCGAUCACCGACUGGCUGACCCAAGUGAAGAACUGGGUUGCAGCUCAUCCCUACGAUGUAGUUACCAUACUCCUAGGCAAUGGAAAUUAUUCGGUUCCCAGCUUAUACGUGCCAUAUAUCGAGCAAACCGGUAUACUGCGGUACAUUUACACGCCGCCCUACGUACCUAUGGCCUUGGAUGAUUGGCCAACUCUAAGCGAAAUGGUUCUGAAAGGACAGCGAGUCGUGAUGUUCAUGGACUACAUGGCAAACCAAACACAAUAUCCGUGGCUCCUGGACGAGUUCUCGCAACUGUGGGAGACACCGUUCGACCCGAUUGACCAGGCAUUCCCCUGUAUCGUGCAACGGCCACCGAAUUUGGCCGAGAAUGAUGCCAAGAACCGGCUGUACAUGAUCAACCACAACCUAAACAUCGAGCUCUCCAUCCUUGGCGCCGAUAUGCUAGUGCCCGCCCGGACGGAGCUAAACGUAACGAACAACGUGACAGGAGUUGGCAGUCUUGGUCUUUCGGCUAACAACUGCCGCACAGACUGGGGGCGAGCGCCGAACUUCUUGAACGUAGACUACUACAAUAUGGGCGGUUUUGCAGGGUCCGUCUUCGAAGUGGCUGCUCAGAUGAACAAUGUCACUUACAACCGCCAGUGCUGCGGCAUGAAUACGAGCGGAGCGGGAAGUCUACUUAGCGGCGAAUUCAUAUACCCAUUGGCAAUGCUGAUGGCAUUUUGGGCGUUACUAUGGUAAAUACCUAGGUACCUAGGUAGAGUUUGCAUUCAUGGAGUCAUCGCGUGGGCGGCAUAUUUAUAGAGGGAGCGUAUGCUGCGUUCAGGC